AUGGCUGAGGAAUUCUCUUUAGCGGAGACGCCAAUUGGCAAAUACUUUGCCUCCAUGGCUGAGAUGGGUGUAAUGCGUGUCUUCGUGGAGCAUGGCAUUUUCAACGCCAUCCCAGACGAAGGAAUCUCCCUUGAGGACCUCACAGCGAAACUCAGCGUAGAGUACAAACUCAUCGAGCGCUUUGCAGCCUUCCUCCUCGCCGUCGGCGUGCUAACGUCCCCGGCACCCGGUCACGUGGCACAUACACCUGCAUCAAAGGCCUUCACGGACCCCCGCGUUGCGCAAUUUUACACUUACCUCUUCGACUUCUUCAUGGGACCGACAACACGGUGGACGGAUUACUUUGCGGCUAAUGGACUUGCCGAGCCGCCUAGGUCGAAUCGCUCGCCGGGCGGAUUUGCCCUAGGCAUGCCUGAUAAGACGGCAUACGAGAUCAUGGCGGCAAUCCCCGGACUGGCGACCAGGAUGAAUGGCGCCAUGGCUAUCGAUGGCGACAUCCCUGUCACAGGGGUCUAUGAUUUUAGCUGGGUGGCUGCAUAUGCCGCCAGGGAUGCUAGUGAGGGGAGGGCACUUAUUGUCGAUGUUGCUGGGGGAAAGGGUCAGGCGUUGAAGGAUAUUUUAGAGGAGACCCCCACGAUCCCUGCAGCCAGGUGUGUUUUGCAGGAUCAACCGCACGUCAUUGCCGAGGCGAAGGUUGAGCACAGCAUUUUCGGAGAGCAACCCACCAAAGGAGCUCUUGUGUAUUACAUACGCCGAGUCCUGAACGACUGGUCUGACCACAAAGCCCUUCAGAUUUUGAAGAAUGUGCGCGCAGCCUGCACAGAGGACUCGCGCGUGUUGAUUGCAGAGUACCUGCGCCCUGAGAAGCCGAGUGUCUACACUAGCAGCGUUGACAUGUUCAUCUUGAACAUUGGCGGAAAGGUGCGCAGCGAGAAGGCAUUUGCUGAGCUUGCGGCGAAGGCAGGGCUUAAGAUUGCGUCAGUAGCGAAGCAUGAAAAGACAGAGUCGGCUGUGGUUGAGAUGGUGCCGAUUUAG